CACAUGACAGAUAAUAUAUAUAACACAUACCUUCUAAUAGUGAACACUGAGUUAAGAAAGGAAAAUAUGAAUAUAUAAAAUUGUUUUUUUUUUAUUUUUUUUAUUAAUAUUCUCAAUUUCUGUUUUUACGACUUAUCUAUCAACAACUUGUAUUAAUAGGAAAGUAUUUUAGCACAUUGUAUUUUCUUUAUCAACAUUCUAAUAAAUACUAUGUGUGUUGUUCAUAUUUUUUACUAUAAUAUUGGUAGCAUUGUUAUAUGUUAAAUCGUGCAAGAUUGUGAUGGGGGAUCAGUCUCGUGGUAUCUGCCGGUGAUUCUAAGUGAACAUUGUUGAAUAAAAAUAUUUAUAAUUUUGUUGUAUGACCGUGCAAUUAGAUAAACAUAAGAUGUUUAUAAUAUUUCGUACGCUUCUCAUACUCAUUCAUCUUUUAUACAGCUUACGGUUAAUAAUUUAUAAUAGCUGUUUAAUUGUUCAUCGAAAGUGUAUAGGAUAUUGGUAUAAAAAAAAUCCAAAGAUUGAAAUAGAAAUGCUUGUACACAGUAUGAAUAAAUUAAGUAAACUGCCAGAGCAUGUGGUUAUUUUGGGAGAAAAGAAAGAUUGUAUCAAAGAUUCAAUACAAAUAAUCUCUUGGUGUAUUACAUUGGGUAUCCCUUUCAUUAGCUUUUAUGGACGGAAAGACUUUUUGUCACAACACGAAAAUGCUAUAAAACAAGAGUUUGCUAUUAGGAGACCAGAGUUAAUGGAAUAUAUUAAUUGGAGUCAGUUGCACAUUCCACACAAAGAAAAUGGAAUUACAGGUUCUAACACUAUGAUUCGAAUAUUAUUACCAUGUAAGAAUAGUGGAAAGGGUGGAGUAGUAUUGUUAACUCAACAUUUAGCAGAGGCUGUAACAACAAAAAAUUUAAAAAUAGAAGAAAUCAAUGAAAAUUUUAUUCGUGAAAAAAUGACGUUAAAAGGGAUUCCUGACCCUGAUUUAGCUUUAAUACAUGGACAUAUUUGCUCUACAUAUGGUUUUCUUCCAUGGCAUAUUAGGACAACAGGAUUUGUGACAUUACCUGAAUGUCACAAUGUGUCAGUAAAGGAUUUUAUUUGGAUACUAAAAAAAUAUAGUAAGCGAGAACAACGAUAUGGUGAAUAAUAUUAUUAUUUAUAAAUAAUUUCUUUAUGUAUUUGUGU